AUGAAUCGCAAAGAAGAAGCCCGAACAUGGGCGUCCGCUGAUCAGGGACUUUUCUGGCGUUGUGCAGAGCGGGGAGAUCAUGCUGCCGUCCUAGUGCCGGCUGCUCGACCUUUCUCCGAACUAUCACGGGUGGGGGUCACGGGCUCAAUCGAUUACUCUGGUCUCAGCCCGGAUGAAGUCAGGAAGCACUACCGUGGUGCCGUGGCGUAUGUCCCCGAGGACGAUGUGCAUUUCCCAACCCUGACCGUGCGUCAAACCCUCGAGUUUGCCCUCCCCCUCUCUUUCUCUUUCAACACUUCAUCAAACCGACACAUGCUGUUUGGCUUUUUUUCCCCCUACCUCUCGUCUGAUACAUUUCUACUGGGUUGCCAUUCAGUGUAA